CAAAGUUUCUGCAAGCACACUUGUUUGGAGAGAGAGCAUAGGUAGUAGUUUCACAAAGAAGGGAAAGUGAAAGGCAAACAAGGAAAGAAAUCAUCUUCGUUCGAGAUUGAUUCAUAAGGGCCAUGAACCGAGGAUUGUUGCAGAGCUCACCAGUUCAGCAGAUGAUGGUGGGAAACCCUAACUGGUGGAAUAAUAACACCAUGCACCCACCAACUCACCAUCACCAACAAGCGGCCGCUUCUUCUCCCUUUUUGUAUCCUCCCACUACUUUCUUCCCUCACACGCCCUCCUCCUCCUCCUCCUCCUCCUCUUCGAUUCAUGUUCCUACUUGGUAUGAUAACCACGAGCUUCCCGAGCCAUGGAGUCAGCUUCUCUUGGGUGGAUUGGUGGGAGAUGAAGAGAAGGGUUUGCAAGCGUUACACCAGGUCUCGGAUGCUAAUUCCGUUGUGGAUGUGAAGCAAGAAAACUCUGCAAGCAGCUAUGUGUAUGGACAUGCAAAUGAAGAUUUUCAUCAUAAUCAGGCCACAAAACGGGCUUGGUUUCGUCAGAUAUCGUCGGCUGCUUCAUCCCCUAAGUCCAGUGGUGUCACAAGUUUCAGCAGUAACAUGUUGGAUUUUUCAGGCAACAAAGCUGAUCUUCCAAGGCAUCCUGCUCCAAAUCGGUCUUCUGAGUGUAACAGCACUGCAACUGGGGGGCCAUUGAAGAAGGCUAGGGUUCAACCUUCUGCAACCCAGUCUACCUUAAAGGUGAGGAAGGAAAAAUUAGGAGACAGAAUAACAUCACUUCACCAGCUUGUUUCUCCAUUUGGGAAGACUGACACAGCCUCUGUAUUGUCAGAAGCCAUUGGUUACAUUAGAUUCCUUCAGAGUCAAAUUGAGGCUCUCAGCUUACCCUACUUGGGCAAUGGAUCAGCAAACAUGAAGCACCAACUGUAUGAUUGUAAGGAAGAAGCAAAUAAGGAUCUGAGGAGUAGAGGGCUGUGCUUGGUUCCGGUUUCAUGCACACUUGAAGUGUGGAGUGGCGACAAUGGAGCUGAUUACUGGGCUCCUCCACCGGCUCUGGGCGCCGGAUUCUUCCGAUAGAUAAUCAGGCUUAUUUUUCAUUUAUAUAACAUCAUGAGCAGUCACUCUGCUAAUUCAAAAAAAAAAAAAAAGCUUGUAAGGCUGAUUGCUCAUGAUGCUAUACACCAUGUUCCUUCUUUGGACUAUUUCGUCGAUCACGUUGUGUACUAAGCCCUAGCAUGGUUAUUUUUAA